CUCGAUUCAACAUUCCUAUAGUAACAACAAGGCUCCAUUAUAAACUCCUAUCUGCUAUUAACUAUAGCUAUAAGUUACGUUAUCUGAGUACGGGUUUUAAUUGGAGGGGUCCACAGUUUUUUUCAUUAAAGAGACGCCUCCGUUACAAACUCCUAUCUGCUAUAACCACACACAGUACAGUACUAGCAAUGGCAGAUGACGUAGUCUGAUCCCUGGUUUUAAUUGGAGGAGCAACUCAAAUCGUCCUGCCCCCUGAUGAAGCACGUCUUGAGUAUGCAGUAUUAUGAGUAAAGUUAAAGGACAUUUAACCAGAAAAAGGAGAAAUUCCUUGUAACGGUUAAUUGGUGCCAGUGAGUGUGGCGCCCUUGUUGAAUGUUGCUCACCAUGGCAAAGCGAGAGUCCUGCAGCAGCCCUGUGGUCCGGCAGAUUGACAAGCAGUUCCUAGUGUGCAGUAUUUGUCUAGACCACUACCACAACCCAAAAGUAUUGCCCUGCCUGCACACCUUCUGUGAAAAGUGUUUGCAGAACUACAUCCCCUCUCAGUCUUUGACACUGUCCUGCCCAGUGUGCCGACAGACCUCCAUCCUGCCUGAGAAGGGCGUGGCUGCCUUGCAGAACAACUUCUUCAUCACAAACCUAAUGGAGGUGUUGCAGCGUGACCCAGAGUGUGCUCAGCCUGAGGCCUGCAGCGUCCUGGAGUCUGUGAGCGCAGCUGCCGCGGGCAAACCACUGUGCUGCCCCAACCACGAGGGCAAGGUGAUGGAGUUUUACUGCGAGUCCUGUGAAACAGCAAUGUGUUUGGAAUGCACAGAGGGGGAGCACCUGGAGCAUGUGACUGUGCCACUGCGAGACGUGCUGGAGCAGCACAAGACAGCACUGAAGAACCAGCUUGAUGCCAUACGCAACAGGCUACCCCAACUGACAGCCGCCAUCGAGCUGGUGAAUGAGAUCUCAAAGCAGCUGACAGAUCGCAAGAACGAAGCGGUAAGCGAGAUCAGCAGCACCUUCGAGGAUCUGGAGCGAGCACUGCACCUGCGCAAGAGCGCCCUUAUCAGCGACCUUGAGAAUAUCUGCAGCGCCAAACAGAAGGUUCUGCAGUCCCAGCUAGCAUCUCUUCUCCAGGGUCAGGAGAACAUCCAAAACAGCUGCAGCUUCACAGAGCAAGCCCUGAGCCAUGGAAGUGCCACUGAGGUUCUGCUGGUGCGCAAGCAGAUGAGCGAGCGGGUGGGCUCCCUGGCACGACAGGACUUCCCUGAAAGACCGCAUGAAAAUGACCACCUUGACUGUGUGGUGGAGACAGAGGGGCUUCGGCGCUCCAUUCAGAACCUGGGCGUGCUCAUCACCACCAGUGCAGUGGGCCACACCAGCGUGGCAACAGGAGAGGGUCUCCGGCAUACCCUGGUGGGGCACCAGACCUCCGUCACAAUCACCACCAAGGACAAGGAUGGGGAGCUGGUGAAGACGGGCAAUGCCAUCCUGCGUGCUGAGAUUACAGCACCUGACGGCAGCUACACAGAGGCAGAGGUGGUGGACAACAAGAAUGGCACCUAUGAAGUAAUCUACACACUGAAGUCUGAUGGCGAAUUCUCCCUCUCGCUGCUCCUCUAUAACCAGCCUGUGCGUGGCAGCCCCUUCCGUCUGCGUUCUGUCAAGGCAUCUGAUGUGCCACAAUCCCCAGAUGAUGUGAAACGCCGCGUGAAAUCACCCAGCGGGGGUGGACACGUCCGUCAGAAAGCUGUCCGGAGACCUUCCAGCAUGUACAACACGGGCAAGAAGAAAGAGAACCCCAUCGAGGAUGAUAUGAUUUACAGAGUGGGCACACGAGGCAGGGAAAAGGGAGAGUUCACUAACCUGCAGGGGAUUUCUGCCUCAGGGAACGGGAGGAUUGUGGUUGCCGAUAGCAACAACCAGUGUAUCCAGGUGUUCUCAAAUGAUGGUCAGUUCAAGCUUCGGUUUGGGGUUCGAGGGCGCUCUCCUGGCCAGCUCCAGCGCCCCACUGGCGUCACUGUUGAUAUGAACGGUGACAUCAUUGUGGCUGACUACGAUAACAGAUGGGUCAGCAUCUUCUCUUCCGAUGGCAAGUUUAAGAACAAAAUUGGAGCUGGACGACUAAUGGGGCCAAAGGGUGUGGCUGUGGAUAGGAAUGGCCACAUCAUCGCUGUAGACAACAAGGCCUGCUGUGUCUUCAUCUUCCAGUCCAACGGCAAGCUGGUCACCAAGUUUGGGGCACGGGGCACAUCGGAUAGACAGUUUGCAGAAAAAUGUGGUGCAAAUGUUGCACUGGAGCAAAAGCUUAGUAAAUCUGGCCCAAUGUUCAGCCCUCACUUUGUUGCUGUAAAUAACAAAAAUGAAAUUGUUGUGACAGACUUCCACAAUCACUCUGUCAAGGUGUAUGGUGCAGAUGGAGAGUUCCUGUUUAAAUUUGGUUCUCAUGGAGAGGGAAAUGGGCAAUUUAAUGCUCCGACUGGAGUGGCAGUUGACGCAAAUGGGAACAUCAUUGUAGCAGACUGGGGCAACAGCCGAAUACAGGUGUUCGACAGCGCUGGCUCAUUCUUGUCCUACAUUAACACCACAGCAGACCCCCUGUAUGGACCUCAGGGCCUGGCCCUCACCGCUGAUGGACAUGUGGUGGUGGCAGACUCCGGGAAUCACUGCUUCAAAGUCUAUCGAUACCUGCAGUAGCACAGGAGACCAGUUGGUAUGUUUAGAAACAAAACCAACAAACAAAUAUUUACUGAAGACGGAAGAAAUGGACAGGGUGCAAUUUGUUUUCUCAUCUACAAUCAAGAUUUGCAAAACUUGAGUUCACAUCAAACAAGACAAUAAAUGACUACUAUUAAUGGGUUUUCUACUAGCACUGUAAAGUUUAACAAAAUAAGGCAAAGGACUCACAAUUUUCUUGUUUUUAAAAAAACACAAACAUCUAAGAUGACAGUUAUGUCUUAUAUCAGGAGACUUAGAAGAUAAAGUAAAGUUUGGUUGUAUAUUCAAAGUUUUUACUUUUAGUGUGUGCAUAAAAACAACAAAAAACUUAUUUAGCAAAACAAACUGAAGUGUUGCCCAGCAACAAUUUUUCCAAUUGCAUGAUGAUAACUCUUAGUGUAUCAGAUCAUCGGUUAGACAAGAGAGAGGAUCUGUUUAAUUGUGAGAGAGGGAAGAGAAGCUGGCAAAUUGCUCAUGAACAUGACCAAAAAUAAAACUAAACAGGGAGCAUCCAUUUAUUUAAUUCCAUUCAUUUCAUUAAAAAAAAAGGUUAAUUUACAAUGACAACAAGCCAGCCACUGCUAUACUGAUUGUGUUUAUUCACUUGUAUAUGUUUAAUUAUUCCACUGUUGACUGUAUAUUUUAAAAUAUAUACAAUACUGAAGAGCAGCUAUUUUGGAUACAGAAACUUUCUUAAUUGUAGUAGAAUGCAUUAGUACUGAGCUAGUAUUGAUUAUUUUGCUGUACUAGUGUAUGAAUCAGAACGAAGUUCACCCCUUGUGGAAGGGUGGUGGGCAAUUCACUGACACACAGGAG